GAGCUUUGAUAGCCAUUGUGUGUUGAAAUCAAUUUUGUUGAGCGCUGCUCAGAUGUGAUUCAUGCCCAGCGUCAGUAGAUCACACACAAAAACAAAUAUAAAAAAAUAAAACACAAACACUCCACGGCAACGACCACAACGGACAGCCGCAACAGUGACUUUUUUUUCGAUUGUGUGCGUGUUUUUAUCAAAAACGUCAUUGGCAUUGGACGUAGCGCUCACAUUUCAUUGUAGUCUCAAUUGCGUACCAAAAAUAAACAAGAGCGCGCAUUAGAGCUUCAGUGAAAAGCGGAGAAGCCGUAAAAGAAAAAAAAUCAGUUUUACACAAAUCGAACUUGUUGCUCAGCAAUAAGCAAUAGCAAAAGCAACAGCAGUCGAACGUUGUGAAAUAACAGUUGAACGGUUAAACGCGGCAGCAGCGGUUAAAACAGAUCCAAUUGGAAUUUAAAAUAAGACUUAAACAAACUGGAGAAGUGGAAGAGAACGCGAAAUUCGACAAAGAAAAUGGAUACACGCCAGCGUAGUCCAGCUGGUGGGCCAACAACAAAUGCAGCGACAACAACAACAAAUAGCGAUAAACCAACGGUACUGGAAGGCGUUUUGUAUAACAUUUUCGAAGGCCUAACGGACAAAGAUGAGCAGGUGCGUCAGUCCAUGCAACAGGCCAUAGUGCGCAUACUGGAAACGCAUCCGCUACGAGCCUCACACAUACUCAUCGACUAUAGACGCAAACAUGCCAAGCUGAGUGAACAAACUGUGGCAUUGCUGCUAGACUGCAUACAGCGCGUAGUUAGCGCUGAGACGCCCACACCGCUGCCUAGCGCUGCGCAUGAGCUAUUAAUAGCCUUGGCCUUGGAGGAGCUGACACGCAGCGUGGAUCAGCAUGUGCCCAGCAUACAGAAUCCAGCUUUAUUCAUACUUGUGGCCAUUGGACGUGGCGCUGAUUGUGCGCUGGUGGUGGAAACACUGCAGGCGCAUUGUGGCAACAGCAACAAUGCACAGCUGCCGCACUUUAUGCUGAUGCAGUGCCUCGGCCAGCUGGCCAUGGCGAAUACAGCAGGCUUAGUGCCACACAUAAAGGCGAUACUGGCGCGCUGCCUGCCGCACUUGGGUGGCAUCAAACAGGAUCACAUAAAGCUGGCCUAUGCCUAUGCCAUAGGACGCUUUAGCGAGGCGCUGCUGGAGCAUGGCACAAAUACGCCGGAGGGUGAAACCAAAGCGGCAGCCAAUUGCACCACAGAGAUAAGCGUUGCCUACGAUGUGCUCUUCAACCAGUGGCUGCAAUCGCGUGAGCCCAAAAUCUGCAUGGAAAUCCUGCAGGCAUUGAGCAGCAUGUAUCCACUGCUGCCCACAGAUCGCAUACAGGACCAGGCGCCACGUUUGGUGCCACAAAUUCUCAUGCUCUAUCGUCGCAAUGCGGAUCGCAAUGCUGUUACACAAUUUCUAUGCGCCGUGCUCAAAACGAAUCUCUCGCUGAACCCACAGGUGCUGGAUAGUGUCAUAGAUGCGCUAAUUACACAUCUGUUCGAUCUGGUUUGCGUGAAUCCCGACUACGAGAAGCCGCAGACGGUGAAAGGACACUACGAAGUGCUGCGUUGUUUCAAUUUGCUGGCAGCCAAUUAUGCAGCCAAGCUAAUGGACACGCUGCUGAUACAUUUGCGCACCAAUAGCGAGCGUGAGCGCAUCAAGUCGCUGCUCAUACUGACGCACUUGCUCAACAGCUGUUCGGUGCAUGUGGAGAGUCGCCUGCACUCGCUGAUCGAAUGCCUCAAGCAACUGAUACUAGCGGAGCGCAGCGUUAAGAUGAAGCUAACGCUGCUCAAGACAAUUGUAGCGCUGGCGCAAAAGUCGCUGAUCAAGGACAAGGAGUUUGUUUGGUUUGUUGUGCGUCACAGCUGCAAGUACAGCAAGUUGACACAGGAGCAGGGCACGCUGGAGGAGCAUGCCACGCUGGUGCUGAGCUGUGAGAAUGCGCUAUUCAUGCUGGCCAGCACAGUGGGCACGCUGGAUGAGCUGCUGAAGCGCGAGCUGCUCAACUAUUUUGUGCUGCUGGACUACACGGACAUUUGUGGCAAUCUGGCCAAAUGCUUGGCCAGUCUAUUUGCCAAAUCGCCGCAUAUAGAGUACGAUAUAGCCAGCGAGGAGGAGCAGCUGCCUGCAGCAGCUGCAAGCGCUGAAGCAAGCGGCGCCGGCGCCAGCGAGGAGCGCAUCAAGCGCGGCAAGGUGGUGGUGCCCAGUGCGGAAACACUCUAUGCUCGCUGCCUGGCGCUGCUGGGCAAUCAGGCGUGCAUUAAGCGCGCCUCCAACAUACUCAGCUUCCUCAAGUAUUACCAGCCGCAGCUGAAUCCGGCGCUGGAGCCGCUCUGGGCAGCGCGCAUUUCGGAUCUGCUGCUGCAAAUAAACAAGCCGCAAACGUAUUUGCAACAGCUGCACGACUUUGUGCUCGAUACCAAUGAGUUCUUGUCAACGCGCGACGAGCAAUUCGCUCAGCGGCUGGCCAACAAGCUGGCGGAUCAGAUGUAUUUGUAUCCCAUGCAGCUGCCCGCAUCGGAGUGGCAGCUGCCGGAGCUGAGCGCCGAGCGCGGCAUGCUGCUGCAAGCUCUGGCGCUGACGCUCAACCAGGUCACCGAUGUGGCCUGCAUACACACCAAGCUGGAUCUGAUAGUGACGACGGCGCGUCAGGAGCGGCUCGAUAAGCAUGUCAAGCAUGCGGACUACGAGCGUCGCAUUGAGCCCUGUGCACGCGCCUUGGGCUACAUAGCGCGUCAGCAUUUGGCGCAUGUGGUCAAGAAGCUAACGGAGCUGGCGCAGCUGGGCACACGCAAACACUCGACGGGCUUCUUUAGCAAUUUGCAUUUCAUCAAGGAUACGCAUAAGGAGCUGGAGACAUACAAGAGCAAUCUGCUUGUGGUCAAGGCUUUUGGUCGCAUCAUGGAUGAGGCGGAUCCGCUGCAAUCGCUGCAGCAUUUGGACGAUGCCAUGUUGAGUUUCCUCAUGCAGCAGCUGGCGGUGCACAAGGAUCAAACGAUUAUGUCUGCCAUAUUGCAAACGCUGCUGAGCAUUUGCAAUCAACUGAUUGUCACCAAAGAGCAGCUGCCUGCGCCGCUCAAGCAUCGCAAGCAGAUUAUGGAAACGGUCUUUAGCAUACCCAUAGAGGCGCCGUUUCACGAUCUGCCGCUGCUGCCCACCAUACUCAAGCUGGGCACCGACUUUAUACGCAUUGGUGGUCCAGAUAGCGAGGAGUGCGUGGACGGCAGCGUCAUCUUUGAAAUCGCCUGCAAGAACUUCUUUGGCUGUGCCAAGCAGCUGAAGAUGAAAUUCGAUUCACAGGAGGAUGAUGAGCAUAACAGUUUUCUGGCCAAGCAUUUGAAUGAAUCGCUGCCGCAGCUGAACGCGCUGGUGCGUGUCAUAGUCGAGCUGGACGCCUCGCCGGCCACAUUGGAUCUCAUCAUUGGCAUACUCGAUGGCUGGCUGCGCGAUAAGAACUCCGAGGUGCGCAUCUGCGCCAGCCAUGUGCUCAACAAUACGCUGGAGGUUUACAUUAAGUCCAUGAAAAUCGGCGGCUGUGAGGCGCCAUCGAAGUUCAAUCAAACGGGCCAAAUGCUGGGCAAGAUUGUGCCACGCUGCAUUGACUCCAAUGGCACGGUGCGUCAGGUCUCAGUGGAUAUAUUGCAGAAGACGCUGGAGAUUGCCUGCAUCUAUGAGACGCUCACCAUAGCGAGCAUCGACAGCAGCGCCGAGUGGCUAAAGGAGAUCGAGUGCAUCAAGGAGCACAUCAUAACCGAUGAGCCCAAGCAGAUAUAUAAUCUGGCUGGCGACAUAGCCAAGAUUAUAGCACAGCGUAUAUCCAGCUUUCAGUACUUGCAGUUCUGCAAAACUUUGCUGCAGUCGCUGCGUGAUCCAGAGCAAAGCUCCACCAUUGGCGCCAGCGUAGUGUUGAAAUUCUUUAUACAGCAAAAGGGCUCGGAGCUGUUUCAUGCUAUACCCGAUCUGGUCAAGGAUUCGCUGGUCGCGCUGCAGCUUUGCGAGGUGCCGCGUGCCAAGUCGGGCGUGCUCAAGGCGCUGGUCGCGCUAACCAAGCAUCAUCCCAAACUGGUCUGCACCGAAAUGCUGCAACAGCCGCUGCCCUACGACGAGCAUCUGGUCGAGUAUUGGCAUCUGGUCUGCAAUGACCCAGAGCUCACUGGCAUCAUGUUGGACAACUUUCUGCAGCUGCUAAGCGGCGCCUGUUUGCAUGAGCCGCACGAGCUGCCAGCCGCUGGCCAGCGCUUGGCCAGCAUACAACCCUUUGCUAUAUUCUGUGCGCUCCACGAGAUGCUGCCCUGCAAGGAUAUACACGAUCAAUUGCAAUCACGUUUCUCGGAAAUCUUUAGCAUGCUGCUUACCUCGCUCUCCAGCUACAUCAAUCUGGGCGCUCCUAUGCCCAGCAUAUUGGCUGCACCAUCAAGUCCCAAUCAGCCUGUCAAGGCGGCGACCAAAUUUGGCUUUGUGCCCAACAAGGAGCUGGUCAAGCUGAAUCCCUGCCAAAUAGCGCUCGAAACGUUUCAGGCUUUUCUCAACAAUCUCGAAAUGGAGCAAAUCGCCACAGUGCUGACGGUGAACACACAGCUGGCGUCCAGCAGCGAUUGGCAGAGCUACAUAGAGCUGCUGACGCCCAUGGCCAUUGGACUGGUGCAUCAGCUGCAGCUGCACUCGCCGGCAAUGCGUCAGCUGGUGAACGCAUUGAGCAAAUAUGUCGCCUCACCGCAUGAUGCACAGCGUGUGGCCGCAGUGGGUCUCUAUUCGCGUCUGGUGCCGCUCAAGCCAGGCGGCGAGCUGGCCAGCACCAUAAUGCUGCAUCUGGGCGGCGCGCUGAGUGAUCCGAAUGCCGUGGUGCGUGGCCUCAGUCUCCAGGGCAUGGGCUAUGUGGGCCAGCUGACGGAGCAUGAGUCCGCGCGCUACACGGAGGUGGCCAUACAGGCGCUGCUCAAGGGCGUGGACGAUACAGUGGGCGAUUGCCUCAUCAAUAUUCCGCUGGAGAGCAUGCGUGGACUCUCACGCAUCUUGCAGGCGCUGCCCAGCGAACGUGUCGAGCCCUUCCAUGUCUCGCUGGCCAUACGCAUACGUCCGUUCUUUGGCAAUUACUCAAUGGAAAUGCGCGAGGCGGCAAUUAUUCUGUUUGGUGAUCUAUGCGAGUCGAAGCAUGACGAUGGCAACAGUUCACCCACCUCGUCGAUGGAAGCGCUGCGCGAACAGCUGCUGGCCAAUCUAUUCCCGCUGCUGUUGCAUCUCAGCGAAAGCGAACUGGCCGUGGCCAGCGCCUGUCGCCACACGCUGCUGCGCGUCUGUCGCCUGCUGCGCGCCGUGCGCGUUAACGAGCUCGCCCAGCAGCUGCAAAAUGAGCAGCUUUACUACAACAGUUUUGUGGUGGAGUUUGUCAAAACAAUUGCCUUGGAGCUGACAGAGCACAUACAGGAUUUUAUAGACUCGUGCAUGCCCAAGCUGCGUAGUCAGUGGCCCGAAGUGCGCGGCAGCGCUGCCAUUGUCAUAGGCAUCUUGCACAAUUUUCUCAGCGAACGGAAUGCGCAGUCGGAGUCGGUGGCCAGCAAAAUAGCCGUGUUGCUGAAGGACGAGCAGGCAACGGUGCGAGUGCGUGCCGCUCAAGCGUUGGGUCAUUUCUUUGGCGAUAUUUAAACAUGGGACCAAAUCAA